GAAUUCAGCCCUUCCGGACACAGCGUGACUAGAGCGAGCGCAUCCGCGGCUGCAGCGCGCCGCACGCACUACAGUGUGUGUCUGAUACUAGGGCAGACGCGCACUGAUUGACAAUAUCAAGCUCUGUUGGACUUAAACUAUCGGUGCUUUAGAGUUUCUUGAAGGAAGAUGUUAUAUAUGGAAAGCUGAGCUGUGGAUCUGAAGCUCUGUUUCCAGGGUGAUGAGCUGUGCUCUUUAAAAACAUUAUGGGCUGCGCUUGCUGUAAGCAGAAGAAGACCGGAAAAUCGUCCACAGGUUACAAUCCCAACUCGUGUGACAUAGGCAAUGGGACCCAGUCAUCAGACCCAAUGCGCUACAUUGCGGACCCCACCAACUCCAGUAACCAGGGCCCAAUGCUUAUCCCCAACUUUAAUGAUUUUCAAAACCCAAUCCAAUCUGGCUUCUCAUCCAACCCGAUUCAGUCUCGCCCAGCCGCCAUCACAGGAGGAGGUGUAACGCUCUUUAUAGCCCUCUACGAAUAUGAAGCCCGUACAGAGGAUGACCUGAGUUUCCAAAAAGGAGAAAAGUUCCAUAUUAUCAACAACACUGAGGGUGACUGGUGGGAGGCCCGGUCAUUAGACACAGGGAACUCGGGGUACAUUCCCAGUAACUAUGUGGCCCCUGUGGACUCAAUACAAGCUGAAGAAUGGUAUUUUGGGAAGAUGGGUCGGAAGGAUGCAGAACGGCAGUUGUUAGCCCAAAACAAUCCCAGAGGGACAUUUUUAAUACGAGAAAGUGAGACAACGAAAGGUGCAUACUCUUUGUCCAUCAGAGACUGGGAUGAUGCAAAAGGGGAUCAUGUCAAGCACUAUAAAAUUAGGAAGUUAGAUAAUGGUGGAUAUUACAUCACAACUAGGACACAGUUUGACACUGUCCCGCAGCUGGUGGAGCAUUACCAAGAGCGUGCAGCUGGACUUUGCUGCCGUUUGAUUGGCAGCUGUAGGCGGGGCAUGCCUAAGCUGGCAGACCUAUCAGUGAAGACUAAAGAUGUUUGGGAGAUACCCAGGGAGUCACUACAGCUCAUUAAAAAACUGGGCAACGGGCAGUUUGGUGAAGUGUGGAUGGGUAGUAAUGAUGGUUUAUGUUGCUACUUGACUAAAGCCUGUCCAAACGCCACGCCCCAAACAAUGGGUUUAGGGCGAGAUGCCUGGGAAAUCCAACGGGAAACGCUGAAGCUCAACAGAAAGUUGGGUCAGGGUUGUUUUGGCGACGUCUGGAUGGGCAUGUGGAAUGGCACAACUAAAGUUGCAGUAAAGACCUUGAAGCCAGGCACCAUGUCUCCAGAAGCUUUCCUGGAUGAGGCUCAGAUCAUGAAGAGGCUCCGUCAUGAUAAACUUGUACAGUUGUAUGCUGUGGUGUCAGAGGAGCCCAUCUACAUCAUCACUGAAUUUAUGAGUCAAGGAAGCUUGCUAGACUUUCUGAAAGAUGGAGAAGGAAGAAGCUUGAAAUUGCCUCAGCUUGUGGACAUGGCAGCCCAGAUCGCCGCAGGCAUGGCCUAUAUUGAACGGAUGAACUACAUCCACAGAGAUUUGCGAGCUGCCAAUAUUCUGGUUGGAGACGGUCUGGUCUGUAAGAUUGCAGACUUCGGGCUGGCUAGACUCAUUGAGGACAAUGAAUACACAGCUAGACAAGGAGCAAAGUUUCCAAUUAAGUGGACCGCCCCAGAAGCUGCGCUUUACGGCAAAUUUACCAUCAAAUCUGACGUGUGGUCUUUUGGUAUCCUAUUGACUGAACUCAUCACCAAGGGCAGAGUUCCUUAUCCAGGAAUGAACAACAGAGAGGUUCUGGAACAGGUGGAGCGAGGUUACCGGAUGCAGAGUCCACAGGGUUGCCCAGCGUCUCUCCACGAGUUGAUGGUGCAGUGCUGGAGAAAAGACCCAGACGAGAGACACACCUUCGAGUACCUGCAGAGCUUCCUGGAGGAUUACUUUACUGCUACCGAACCCCAGUACCAGCCUGGAGAAAACCUGUGAUAUACGCAUAUUAUAUUGUGUCUGAAUUACCUUUACUUUUUAUUGCAAUACCUCUAUAAACUGAUCUUGAUUCAGGGCCCCCAGUCACAGGUCCCUACUGAACAUGCUUUAGUGCAUUUCUCAUCAUGUGCUGUAGUUUGAGAGCUUCUUAAUGUGUUUUACUAUAGCCUACCGUAUUGGAAUUGAAUGCAAAACUAUCGGCAUACCUUUGAAAGUGAAGUUAAAAUCUUUCCAGUGUGUGCUUCAGAUGUAAACCAAAAACAAGAUCUUGAAUGUAUUUGAGAAUCUAUUUUAUGCAUGUCUAGGUCAAUUUUUUCUAAAUGUUUCAACAUGUAUAGUACCUCUUUUCUGUAUUUGUUUCCCCGUACUUUCCUUAUGUCAGCCAUAUUACUUCCUUUUUGGUUUAGUUUUUAGAUUCUUGUAUCAUCUUAUUAGGGAUUUUUCUAUAAAGCACUGAUGUACCAUAAUAAACUUUAUUGUGGCUUUAAAUGCUGAUUUUAAGACAGUAUUGAUGCUGGCAUUCAAAUUAUAGGACAGGCAUUAUUCACUUUAGAGCUACCCUUUAAAAUGAGAAGAAUAACUACUGGUUCUAUUUGUUUUCUUCCUGUUUUUUUUACACUGUUUUACAUGUUAUCAUAUCUUUAUGAUUUGGUUAUAAUUUAAGUGGAUAUCAAACCUGUGCCUUUAUUCGAGGUCAAUGAUAUAUGCAGGGAUAAGACUGUAAGCAUGAAUGAAGGAGUGUGUAUUACUGUUAUGUAAUGCUUGUGCCAUUUAAUUAUACAGAGCUUACUAAACCUAA